GUCGAGGUUCAAUAUGCUAUGUCGCCAUUAUCAUGAAAAGUCGCCUCGUGCAAGGUUGUUGCCGCAUCGUCUCACAGCUAUCUUCCUUGAUCGCUGCGAGUUUCGGAAAGAAACAAAUGUUGACCGAAGGCAUUCGAGGCUAACGUGUGCAAUCCAUGCUGAAGAACAAACGGCUUUUCCGCAAUACCAAGUUAUACUUUCCAUUUCUUGUUCUUGUUUGCCUUAGAGCCGUGUAAUGUUUCUGUUUUCUGUUAAUAGGAUGAACAAUGGUAGCUC